UUGGUGAUUAAUCAGCAUUACUUUCCUUUUUCUAGAUUCUAAAUGGCCUCUAGGAAAUCAGGAUCAGAUUUUCAGAACUCUGGUGCAGCCUUUAGUUAUCUUGAUGAUGUUCCAUUUAAGAUUGGUGAUAACUUCAAGAGUCCUGCCAAAGUGGGAUUUCCUGUUGGAUUUUGCAUGACAGAUUACUCAGAAGUAUUUAGAAAGAUUGAUUAUGAUUUCUCUUUCGAGAAGAGGACCAUAAAAUGGGCUGAAGAAAUAAAACACAUUAAAGCUGCGCAAGAGGCUGCUAGUUUAACAAGGGAAAUUUCUUCGGUGACUGCUGAAUCUGAUGCAUUCUCUGAGAAAAAAUGUGGAAUCCAAUACAAUGAUGGACCACAUUCUUCAGCAUUUCCACUGACUAUUAACCCUAUACUUGCCAGUCUAAGACACAACAAUAUUCUAACCCCAAUGCCAGCGAAUAGUAAAACUGUAACACAAAAAGACCCAAGUCCUCCUUAUACAACCAAAUUCAAUCUUGCAGACUUUGAAAGUGAAGAGGAUCCUUUUGAUAAACUGGAGUUGAAAACGCUAAAUGAUAAGGAGGAACUCAAAAAUAUUCUUGAAGUUCAAGCAAGUUCACGACCAAUGAUUAUUUCACAGUUGGAUAAUGACUUGGAUGUGCACAUUGUGGGAUCCACAGAUGCAUCACCAAGCUCAGAAGUGCAGGCCUCAACUGAGGAGGCUACCUCAGACUUCAAAUCUCUUCACAAGCCAAAUGGCCUCAUAGAUUUGCCACAGUUGGAGAACUGUGAAAAAGUGCCCUUCUCUGCCAAAGUAUCUCUCCCAUCUGCUUCAACUGUCAGCAAUAUCAAAUCUUUGUCCUUUCCUAAACUCGAUUCUGAUGAGAGUGAGCAGAAGACUGCUAAGCUCACAGGUACUUUCCACAGCACAAGCCUACCUAAUGGUGCGUUGUUUAGCUCAGUAAAGAACAACGAGCAGUACAAAGCUAGUGGUUUGAAUGGGCAUAACUUCCCUGUUAUGCCCCUCUGUUCUUCAAGUUAUGAACUUGGGAUUGACAGUACUACAGCAGCGUUGUCGUCUUCCAUGUCAGAUGUUUCACCAGUUAUAUCUACUGCUGGAGUCAAAAACUCAUCUCAAACUGAAGCAAAACUGGUUAAUUCCAGAAACCAACCUGCUGCAGAAAAGUUCACCAUAAACAUCACUGAUGUGGCAAAGAAAUCGGAAUGUUUUGAUCCACUGAAAUCAUUGACUCCAAGUGAGAGGCAGUGUGCUGCAACAAUAGUUAGUAUGGGAUACUCCUGUGAGAAUGUAAUAAAAGCCAUGCAGAAACGAGGAGAAAAUCUAGAACAGAUACUUGAUUACUUGUUUGUUCAUGGACGACUUUGUGAACUGGGCUUUGAACCAGCACUAGUGGAGGAGGGCCUGGAAAUGUAUCAGUGUUCCGAGCCAAAGACUUUGGAGUUUCUUAAACUCAUGUCCAAGUUCAGAGAAAUGGGCUUUGAACGGGGUGAUAUUAAGGAAGUUCUUGUUGUUCAUAACAAUGACCAGGAAAAAGCUCUGGAAGACUUAAUGACCCGUGCAGGAACUAGCUGAAGGCAACCCUUGUUCUGUCUCAGUCUGAUUGAGAGAACAGAAAGGAAAAAUAAAACCAUCCCACGUACGAUUCAGUUUCCAGCUCUGUUUAUACAAGCAUGACUGUAUGUUUCUUUCCUUUUGGACUUUUUUUUUGUGUAUGGCAGGGCAGGUAGGGGGUGGGUGUUGCCGGCGGUGGGACAGUAAUCCAUAAUUAAAGAAAAUCCCUUGCUUUGUAGGGAAGUCUAAGAUGAAAACAAACAAAAUACAAGGUGACAAUGGUAGCAGUCUUAAUGUAUUGACUCAUUUAAUGAUCAAAGGAGGCUGUUAUAAUGUGGCUGAAGUACACUUCAUUCAUCUUCCUCAAACUGUGGCUUGAUGAGAGAGCAGUUGAAUCCAUUUAUGUCUUACUUUUCUUUCCUUUGCUCCCCCAGCCAAUAAUAAUGUGCAUCUUCCAUUCUUGCACAGAAAUUUGAUUCAAUAUAUUGAAAAGCUGGAUGAUAAUUUUCCAAGGUUAAAGCUGCUUUAUGUCCUCUGUUAAAGGCUACAUUUACUGGACUGUAGGCUAUUGUAAAAUUGUAUUUGAAUUAAGUAACCUAUAGUGCAAUAGGAAUUAUUAGACUGGGCUAGUCUAUCAUCUGUCACUGGCUGGGCAGUAUCUCCAUCUAUGCAUUUUGUUUAAAAAACACAAUGGGAAGUCAAAACUCUCAAUCUUAACAGACAAAUAAGGACAAAAGGAAACCCAGCAUUGAUCUAUGCUCCAUCCCUGUAUGGGUCUCUCACAUGGAUUCCCUUAUAGGAAAUCUAUUCAUGGACUCUUAGAAGAAUUGCAGCGUGAGGUGAAAUUCUCAUAUACUUAAGCACUUUCUUUAAAUUGUCUUGUUGCCGCUGCACUUAUUUCAUUUACACUGUUGUUGAAUGUUACAUUAUGUCUUCCUCACUGCUGUAGUUCUGGAGUGUUUCUUUGUUAGUAAUCUUCAAUAGCAACAGAUCAUUUUUCUUUUAAUUUUAGAACAGAUAUUGCUUUGUUCUAUGUAAUGUUUCACAAACCUUCAACCAUCAGAAGCAUUUCUGAGUCUUGAAAGUUGCUUAAAAAUUUGAUUCUGCAAAACAGGUACUAAUAAAACCUUAAAAAUAUAUUUGUCUUUUUGAUUAACAUUUUAAUCUUAUUUUAUGAUGGUUCUAACUUCAAAUGACUGAACAAUUUCAAAAUUAAUGCAAAAUUAGGUUUUUUGAAAUUUUUAACAAUGAACAGUUUUUGUCUCAAAUUGGUUGAGUUUUGCGAGAGGGGCAGUCCACUCAUGGAAUAUAAUUUCUAACGUCGGUUCUUAACAUGUAUUAGUUGAUCUCCUGUUGUGUUUACAUGGGGAAUCUGGUCUUCAGUUGAAAUGGGGUAACAUGAGGAAUGACUGGAACAGACGCAUAAAUGUAAUUCACACUCCAUUUUGAAGUCACAUUCCAUGCUUUUUAUAUAUUUCUAAUAGAAAUACCCUAUAUUCAUAUUUACAAUGGAAACCGCCUAUAUAAGGUGACCAUGCUGAAAUUACAUCCCAGUACUGCGGCUGCAACAUUUCAGUUCAUGGAAAUGUAAUUAAUACAACUGCAUCAUGUUUACAUAAGCACUGGUAGUUCCGAACAUAAAUUUGAAUGUAGGAAUUUCUAAUGAAAAAAGUUGACAGAUAUAACUUAAAAUUUAUUUUAUGCAUCAUCCAUUAACAAUGAUUACUUAUAAAGAGUUCAAGUUAAGUAAGUAAAAAGGUAAAAUAGAUAAGUUUUAGGUGGACUUUCUGCUCCUAAUGGUGUGGGACAAAUGACAAGCAAACUCUUGCCACAUUCUGCAAGUUUUUUAAAAUUUGAAACAUUUUUCAAAAAUCAUUUCUGUCAUUGCCUCUGCUCCCUAGCAGAUGUUUGACUGCUCUUCAUACCAAUCUUCCAAAUUCCUUUAUGCAAACUACAGCUCAUCCAAAAAUCUAUAAUCCAUAUCUUCAUUAUCAUUAGAUCUCAUUGUGCCAUAAAUCCUAAUCUUACUGGGUUCCUGCCUCCUAAUACGACAAAGUAAAAAUCUUAAUACUCAUUUACAAAUUAUUCCACUGCCUUUCCUUGCAACCUCUUUCAGCAUGGGCUCUGCUCAUCUUCUGACUCAACUGCUGUGCUUUCUUCCACGUAUUAUUCAUUUGGCAGCAGAAUUUUCAUUUAGAGCACCAUAAACUUUAUUUCUUCAUAAAUAUCUCUUCAAAAUCUAGAGAUAGUAGGAACUGCAGAUGCUGGAGAAUCUGAGAU